CUGCCGUGCUCCCUUGUGUCAGUGUCAGUGAUUUUUGAUUUUGUACAUUUUUUGGGUUGCCUGUGUUUAAGAGAACUUGGUGAGCGCAUGCCCAUUUUUACAACUGCUGACCAGUACCGAUUCGAACAAGCAUGGCUGAGGCCAAAUUUUAACAUUUUUCUAAAAAAAUCCCUCUACGAAAAGCCUAAUUCUUUGUUAUCUUUUAACCUGUACCAAGAAUAUAUAUAUAAACAUUCAUUAACGUUAUUAAUUCUGAACUUUCUACUCAAAAAAGGUCAUCAUGCAUAUGUACGCUCUUACCCUUCAACGCGCUACAGCCAUCAACUCAUCCAUCUAUGGUAACUUUUCUGGUACCAAACAACAAGAAAUCAUUGUUUCAAGAGGAAAAUCACUUGAGUUGCUCAGAGCCGAUCCAAAUACAGGCAAAGUUUUUCCUGUUCUUGCUGUGGAGAUGUUUGGUAUUGUACGGGAUUUGAUAUCCUUUAGACUAACUGGGGGCUCCAAAGAUUAUAUUGUUGUUGGAAGUGAUUCUGGCAGGAUUGUCAUUCUUGAAUACAUUCCAUCAAAAAAUGUUUUUGAAAAGGUGCACCAAGAGACAUUUGGAAAAAGUGGAUGUAGAAGGAUUGUACCUGGACAGUACCUGGCCGUUGACCCUAAAGGGCGAGCAAUAAUGAUUGGUGCCAUUGAAAAGCAAAAGCUCGUAUACAUCAUGAACAGAGAUUCGUCGGCACGUCUGACCAUUUCUUCACCUCUAGAGGCUCACAAAUCACACACUCUAGUCUAUCACACUGUUGGAGUAGAUGUUGGAUUUGAGAACCCAAUGUUUGCCUGUCUAGAAAUAGACUAUGAGGAAGCUGAUACAGAUCCAACUGGUGAAGCAGCACAGACAACACCUCAGACAUUAACAUUUUAUGAACUUGACCUGGGACUGAAUCAUGUCGUUAGGAAAUACAGUGAACCUUUAGAAGAACAUGGCAACUUGCUUAUUGCAGUACCCGGUGGCAGUGAUGGUCCCAGUGGAGUCUUGGUCUGCUCUGAAAAUUACAUAACUUACAAGAACUUUGGAGAUCAGCCUGAUAUCAGAAUGCCUAUUCCAAGAAGAAAGCAUGACCUUGACGACCCCGAACGAGGAAUGAUAUUUGUUUGCAGUGCUACACACAAGACCAAGUCAAUGUUUUUCUUUUUGAUCCAAACCGAGCAAGGAGACAUCUUCAAAGUCACCAUGGAAACGGAUGAGGACAUGGUAACAGAAAUCCGCAUGAAGUAUUUUGACACUGUACCAGUUGCUACUAGUAUGUGUGUCCUGAAGACUGGCUUUCUCUUUACAGCGUCAGAGUUUGGAAAUCACUAUCUGUACCAGAUUGCUCAUCUGGGUGAUGAUGAUGAAGAGGUUGAGUUUUCCAGCACAACGGAGCUGGAGGAGGGAACAACUUUCUUUUUUACUCCUCGAGGACUCAAGAAUCUUGUCCUGGUUGAUGAGAUAGAAAGUCUAGCCCCAAUCAUGUCUUGUCAAAUUGCUGAUCUUGCAAAUGAAGAUACUCCACAAUUAUUCACUCUCUGUGGGCGUGGCCCAAGGUCAUCUUUACGUGUACUCCGCCAUGGUCUAGAGGUAUCUGAAAUGGCUGUGUCCGAGUUGCCAGGCAACCCUAAUGCUGUGUGGACUGUAAAACACACCAGCUCAGAUGAGUUUGAUGCCUACAUUGUAGUGUCUUUCAUUAACGCUACCUUGGUACUGUCCAUCGGCGAGACAGUAGAGGAAGUAACAGACAGUGGAUUCCUUGGAACCACACCCACAUUGUCCUGCUCUCAGCUCGGCGAAGAUGCACUAUUACAGAUCUACCCUGAUGGAAUUCGCCACAUUAGAGCAGACAAGCGUGUGAAUGAGUGGAAGACACCUGGUAAGAAAGCCAUUGUAAGGUGUGCCGUAAAUCAGCGACAGGUUGUUAUUGCCCUUACCGGAGGAGAGGUGGUCUAUUUUGAAAUGGACCAAUCAGGACAGUUGAAUGAAUACACUGAACGUAAAGAGAUGUCAUCGGAUGUACAAUGCAUGGCUUUGGGGCCAAUACUUCAUGGAGAAUUGAGAUCAAGGUUUCUGGCCAUUGGUCUCAGUGAUAAUACAGUCAGGAUCAUAUCCCUUGAUCCACAGGACUGUCUGACACCACUCAGUAUGCAAGCUCUGCCAGCAACACCAGAAUCUCUGUGUAUUGUAGAGAUGGGAGGAGUAGAGGGAGAAGCUGAAGGUGCAAGUCUUGGAGGGCUGUUCCUUAGCAUUGGAUUAUCGAAUGGAGUACUUCUGCGAACAGUGCUUGAUAACGUGACAGGAGAUUUGUCUGAUACAAGAACAAGAUAUAUUGGUUCCAAACCUGUUAAACUGUUCAAGGUUCAGAUGCAUGGCAUGGACUCAGUUCUCGCUAUGUCCAGUCGAUCAUGGCUGAGCUAUACCCAUCAAAGCCGUGUUCAUUUAACACCUCUUUCAUACGAAUCCCUUGAGCAUGCAUCAGGAUUUGCUUCUGAACAGUGUCCCGAAGGAAUCGUUGCCAUAUCAUCCAACACUCUCAGAAUUUUAGCUUUAGAAAAACUGGGUGCGGUUUUCAACCAAGUGGCCACACCCCUGAGGUACACCCCUCGAAAGUUCGUAAUCCAUUCACCUAGCAGCAGCCUGAUCAUCAUAGAAACGGAUCAUAACGCAUAUACUGAUACUUCUAAGGAUGAGAAAAAGCAGCAGUUGGCUGAGGAAAGGGUAGAAAUGGCUGGUGAUGAAGAGAAGGAAAUGGCGGCACAGAUGGCAGCUGAGUUCUUGAACGAGGAUUUGUCAGAGCAGCAGUUUGGUUCACCUAAAGCUGGAAAUGGAAUGUGGGCAUCUGUUAUGCGAGUGCUUGAUCCUAUUAAGGGAGAAACAAUGGACUUGGUACAACUUGAACAGAAUGAAGCAGUGAUCAGUGUGUGCGUGUUAUCGUUCAGCUGUCGACCAGAAGAAUCAUUCGUUAUCGUUGGAACAGCUAAGGACAUGACUCUGAACCCUCGUUCGUGUGCGGCUGGAUACCUACAUGCCUACAGAAUGGUCGAGCAACCUGAUGGCACUUAUAAACUGGAGUUUCAACACAAGACUGAAGUAGAUGACAUACCUGGUGCCCUCGAACCUUUCCAGGGUCGACUGUUAGUUGGAAUUGGUCGUCUGCUUCGAGUUUAUGACCUUGGCAAGAAAAAAAUGCUUAGGAAAUGCGAAAAUAAGAAACUGCCCAACUUUAUAGUGGAGAUCAAAAGCAUGGGUACGCGUAUUGCAGUCAGUGACGUGCAGGACUCUGUACACCUAGUCAAGUAUAAACCCAGAGACAACCACCUCGUUAUUUUCGCUGAUGACGUCAAUCCCAGGUUCGAUUAUCGGCAGGCUCAAGUGAUGAUGUUGAAGAAGAUCCCACGGGAAAUAAGGCAUUCUGGGAUCGCGGCUUGCUUAAUGGCGCACAGCAAAAGUUGGAGGCCCUGUGUAAUUAUUAUGUUGGCGAGACUGUUCUGUCUCUACAAAAAGCUACCCUAAUUCCAGGGGGGUCCGAAUCUCUCGUUUACACUACACUAUCAGGGGGGAUCGGUAUGCUGGUACCAUUUGCAUCACGAGAGGAUAUCGAUUUCUUCCAGCAUCUUGAAAUGCAUUUGAGAUCAGAGCAUCCAUCUUUAGUUGGUCGAGAUCAUCUGUCAUUCAGGUCUUACUACUUUCCCGUCAAGAACGUGAUGGACGGUGACCUUUGCGAAAGUUAUAACUCUUUGGAAUAUAACAAACGACGGGCAAUAGCCGAGGAACUGGAUCGAACACCAGCAGAGGUGUCCAAAAAGCUUGAAGACAUCAGAACACGAUUCGCAUUUUAGUUUCCAGACCACCAUGCAUCCAAUCAUCCAUAGUACCCUUAACUGGGAACCCUGUGAUUUUUGAGAGUUUGACAGUUGUGCCAUCCACAGGAAGACCGCUUAUAGAAAAAAGCUUUUCGUUUUAUUAUAUGGUUUACUCCAAAUAUAAACACUACACCCUUCGUGCACCUAUCCUGAUACUAAAUGAACAAAUGCAACCCUUUCUGUAGUCACUACCAGCUUGACCAUUGACCUUUCUUUGCUAACCACUUAUAAUAGGCCCAAACAACGCAUGCAAAGAAAAGUAUUCGAGUAUUAAUUUAUAGAUACGACUCAUCGCUCCCCAACCGCGCUGCGGAAAGACGUUCAGACGCUGUAUUAAACUAGUGAUCUUUACAUCUUCAUGUUAUAUCGAAUGACAUUUUUUUCAUAGUCAUGUCAUUAUGCCUGUGUUUCACUCUCACGACUGUCUUUUUGUAUAAUAAAGAUCGUAUCAUUUUC